GCUCUGCAUACCAUCAUGCAUCGCCAUGCGCUAGACGCAAUCACUUCUCUAUUACCCCAAACGCAGUCAGCUACCUUGAUCAUCAGUCAGGAGUUGGCCCUUUGCAUCCAGAACUAUAUUUGCGCUAUUGGCACAGAUUCAAAUCUUGUAGCCCAAAUAUCGGGAAAGGAAGUUUAUGAAGCUUUCUGUUUAUGUUGUAUGGACUAUCUCUAUAAAUGCGCGAAUGCUGAGGUCGGGCCGGAUGAACCACUGGACGCGGUGUUCAGCAUCACUCGUGAAGCACAACUUAGGAGGUGUAUGGAAUUUCUUAUUUGCCUUGGUGCUUACCCGCUACUUGAUGCGGGCGUUUCGCUUCCACUGGAAAUGCGCCUAGAAUCCUCUCCUUAUUAUCAGUGUCCGAAGAACUUAUCGGAUCCAAAUCGUCGGGAUAAACUUUUACAAAUCGGUCGAUGCCUCUUGCAACUGCGAGGGAGUAAAUUGGAGCAGUUGAAACGCUUGAUCUCGCCGAAUUUGUUCCUUGGGGAUCUUAUUGCUGUGUUGGCUCAAGCUGCCUACGGACCAGUGAACUCGGUUCCCAGCUCUGAUCUACCGACUAUCGACAAUCCUUGCACUCAGAGUCGAAAGCUUUUAUGGACAUUGCUAACUGAUUUACCUGGCGACGUUGCUAUGAAGGAAUUACUCAUUUUACAAGGUGGUACUUCCGGAACUUCACAGAAUAAAGGAGCCGUUCGGCUUCCAACUGCUCCAGCGUGGCUCCGAAGAGCGUGCGGUAGGUUGUUGUCUCGCCUGCUUGUUCGUUCAAGAGAUAGCGGAUCCGAAUCGGUGGAAUCAGGCGUACUCGAUCUUAUACUGGCCUCCGCGUCUCUUUCUCCAGGACUCACCUCGUGUUCCCCUUCCAGUUGCAUCACUUCACUUGAUCCUCGCUUACAGCCGGCUCUCGUUCAUGCUCUCGCUUCGAUUAUCUCUUCCUCUCCUGCAACAUUGCCCAAUCGGCUAUCAUCCGCUACCGUGGAGCCUUCCGAAUCCCAUUAUCACCAGUUUAUUUCAAAACAGGUCCUUGCCCUGAUCGAACCUCACCACCCGCUGACUGCUUCACAUAACAAGCCUGACGGCUUGUUUGCCUUUGGUCGCCUGGUGGCCCUGGCAACAGUUCACGUGUUUUGCUCACGUAGACCCACUCUGGGGAUUCAAUUCUAUUUGCAACCGCUGAUCGGUGUAUUAGAUCGCUUUGUCAUUCAUGGGGAAGAUUCAUCCGCCAUUGUGUGGCAAGUUGACGGGAUCCCCGAUACUACGCAUUUGUGUGAAUUGGCCAAUGCAAAGAAGCUCAGUCAUCUACUGACUACCAUUAGAGAUCUCCUCUCUGUUCCCACACCUUCCGUAACUGUGAUCAACGAGCUACUCAAACGUUCACAGCCAUUGUUUCGAUUGCUGAUUCAAGUCCUGAUAGACGACGAGCGGAAGACCAAUGAGCUUCCAUCUUCACCUUGCCUGCUACCUUCCCCAGUGGAUCUCGGGAAUGCGAAGACCCUCUUGCUGUCUGUUUUGUCAAGACUGCUGACGCUUGCAUCAGAAGCUGCGUACACUCCUCUAUUCGUUCUGAGGAGCUGGCUAAGUUUGCCUACAGCUCCACCUUUUGGUGUCAGUGACGAGAAUAAGUCAUCAACCCCACAGUCCGUCGUCAUCUUUCCGCCGCAUCCACAUCUCGCUUUCCGAAUUCGCUCUCCCAUACUCUCAUCUGAUGGGGAUGAUGACACACUGUCGCCUGAUCAAACACCUGUGCCCUACCGAGCUGUGAUCCAAGUGGAACCUGUAUGUGACGUACAACUUCAGUCGGGUUGCAUGCGCUCUGCAAUUGAACUCCUUCGAUUUUUGAAUCCUGAUCAACACUCCCAGGAUGCGCCUGCCUUGAACGAUGAACCACCACCGGCUUUAGGUACUGCGGCAUUGGACGUAGGGAACUCGGAUUCGGAUACCAGUGGGAUACGCACGCUGACGGCAGAUUUGUUUCUCAGCCUCAUUGCGGAUCUCAAUAAAAGCUUGGACACUUUGUCUAAACCCGAGAUCAGCACCGGGGUGCAACUGCUUCCUAGCGUGACUGACAAGGAGCGUUCUGGCGAAUCUGCAAAAGCUUACUUUCUGUCUCCACUCCUCGCCUCCGUCAUGUUGAGUGAAUUAGGCGAUCAGAUUUGGCCCAAAAAUCCCGCGCAGGUGGCCGAAUUACUUGAUAUGACUCUGCAACGCUUGUCUUUUGUGGUGUCACACUCCGACGAGAUUGACCUCUUGAACUUGGUGGCGGAAUCUAUCGAUCAAAUCCUCGGUAUUGUGGCGUUUUAUUUACAACAAAUCGGACCACCCUCCACCGACCUAUGCUUAAUCAGUGCACGGGAUGCAUUCGCUCGUCUGCUACCUACGAUCGAUCAAUUAAACGAGGCACUGAAACAGAACCCCAUGGUGACCAACGAUGCUCAAUUGGAAUUGCUCCACUGCCUUCGGGUUAUGCUGGCAACACGUGGUGCUGUUGACCCAACCAAGACUCAUCCACAUUCGACAUGUGAUUCUACAAACCAUAGAACGUCUGACCCACUCACUUUGCACGAAACUUCUGGAAGCACGAACUUAUUCUCACAUUCUACACGCUCCCUGAUCCAAGAGGUGACGCCUGUAACUGACUCCGUCGAGCCACAGCAUGAGCUUCACUCUGAGCCUGCUCAUCCCCGGCUUCAGGAAGCACUCGAUCAGUUGAAAGAUCCACUCAUUCCAAUGCGCGGCCACGCACUGAUUACGAUAAGUCGAAUGGUGGAGUCACGUGACAGUUGUAUACCAGGCCAAGAAGAGCGCAUAUUUCGGGCUCUGGUGCAUCACCUUUCCGAAUCCGACAGUUACAUCUACCUUAAUGCCAUCCGCGGCCUGUCUGCGCUUGGGCUUACCCAUACGGAUCGCGUUAUUCAAGUUCUGCUCGAACGAUUUCGUCAAUUAUGCAUCGCGAAACCACAGAGAGCUGAUAAUCGGAUUGAAUUUCAACUCAAACUGGGAGAAGCGAUCAUGCGAAUUCUUCGACAGCUAGGGCAGAUGGCACCGAAGUAUCUUACACCUGUGCUGAACACCAUGGCACUCGGUGCACGUUGUCCAGAACCAUUGAUACGCGCUGCAAGCCUUUCCAACUUGGCUGAUUUUGUGCGACUGUUGCGGUACGCUACAGCACCUAUUAUCUACGACAUAUUUGCUCUAAUUGAGCUGCACCUGGCGCAAGAUCCAUCGCCGUCCGUUCGCUCGGCCGCAGCUAAUUUGGCUAGAUCACUUUUUCUCGAAGACACCAUCCCAGACUGGCUAAAUCAAGAUGUGCUGCGAGACCUCAAUCGCCUGCUAUCAGCCCGCUCUAAGGUGGAGAAGGACGAACAGGUGUUGGAACAGGUGGAAGCCGCACUGGGUGAACUUGACAAAUGCGUCCGCUCCAGUCUAUUCAGCAAAACAUUGAGUCCGGAGCAAUUGGUCAAAGAAAUACGAGUUUUGAGACCCUUCUGA